AUGACCCAAACCUACGACGUCAUCGUCAUCGGCUCCGGCAACGCCGGCUUUUCCGCCGCCUCCUCCGCCCUCGACCACGGCGCCGCGCGCGUACUCCUCGUCGAAAAAGCACCACCCCAAUGGGCCGGCGGCAACUCCGCGUUCACCGCGGGCGCGUAUCGCACGGUGUUCCAUGGGCUCGACGACGUACUGCCGCUGGUGGAGAACGUCUCGGUGGAGACGGCGAAGCAGAUCGACAUGGCGCCGUAUACCGAGGCGGACUUUCGGGGGGAUUUGGACCGCAUGACGAGCGGGCGGGCGGAUGCGGAGUUGGUGAGUGCGUUGGUGGGGGAGUCGAACGAGACGACGAAGUGGCUGGCGAAGAACGGGGUGCGGUUUCAAUUGUCGUUCAAUCGGCAGGCGUAUCAGAUCGACGGGCGGUAUAAGUUCUGGGGCGGCAUGGUGCUGUCGGUGGUUGACGGCGGGAAAGGCCUGAUCCAGCAACACACCGCGAACGCGAAGCGCAAGGGCGUGGAAAUCCGCUACGACAGCCCCGUAGUCAAACUCCUCACCCGCGACACCAGCGCCGGCGCCGGCCCCGAAGUCGUUGGCGUCACCGUCCGCGACCUCGUCGCCAACUGUACCUACGACGUCCACGCUCGCGGCGGCGUCGUCCUCGCGGCCGGUGGCUUCGAAUCGAGUCCGCAGCUCCGCGCGCAGUAUCUCGGGCCGGGGUGGGACCUGGCGUACGUGCGCGGGACGCCGCACAACACGGGCGACCUGCUGCGACUGGCGAUCGACGAGGUGGGGGCGGCGGCGGCGGGCCACUGGUCGGGGUGCCAUUCGACGUGCUGGGAUGCGAACGCGCCACGGAACGCGGGGGAUUUGGUGCUCACGAACCAGUUUACGAAGAGUGGGUAUCCGUUGGGGGUGAUGGUGAAUGUGGAGGGGGAGCGGUUCGUGGAUGAGGGAGAGGAUAUGCGGAAUUUUACGUACGCGAAGUUUGGGAGGGCGGUGUUGGGGCAGCCGGAGGGGGUGGCAUGGCAGGUGUGGGAUCGCGAGGGGGCGGGGUGGUUGAGGGAGGAGGAGUAUGGGGAGGGGGUGGUGGAGAAGGUUUGGGGGGAGAGUAUGGAGGAGUUGGCGGAGAAGAUGAGGGCGGGGGGGUUCAGGGGGGCGAAAGCAUUGGUGGAGGGGGUGAGGGAGUACAAUGAAGCUGUCACGGCGUUCAGAAGGGAGAACCCAGACGUCAAGUUCGAUCCAUCGAAGAAGGACGGCUUAUCGACGAGGUCAAGCUCAGGGGGACUAAGGCUGGACAAGACGAACUGGGCAACGCCGAUUACCAAAGGACCGUUCCUAGCCGUCAAGAUCGCUUGCGGCAUCACGUUUACCUUUGGCGGUCUCAAGAUCGAUCCGGGUAAUGCUGCUGUUAUUUCCCAGGCGAGUGGACGGCCGAUCCCAGGUCUAUACUGUACUGGGGAGAUGGUCGGGGGACUAUUUUAUGGGAACUAUCCCGGUGGAAGCGGAUUGACGUCGGGGGCCGUAUUCGGUCGUAAAUCCGGACGGGCAGCAGCGCAGAGGAGUCAGCAGCUACGUGAAGCUCUUCUAAAAUCUCAAUUGUAG